UUUGGAAGUUGACUGAGAUUUAUACAUUGUAAUUUUCUUUUAUAUUUAUUAGUAUUAGCAGUCCCCCAAUCCACACCCCAAUAUAGUACUAGUAGUAGUAGUUCGGUGGAGCCGCAGACGGAAUUUCCCAGAACGGUCGCAAUUCUCAAUUGGAAUUAAGCUGCUUCUACUUCCUACUUCUACAUCCAACUCCACCUCAUAAUCCACACGACUCCUGUCCUCGGAUCUUUGGCUAAUUAUAUAAUAUUCUACUCUAGUUGUUUCGCAAUUCGGUACACAAAACAACUGCUGAUACUAGUAUGAUACUGGUGGCCAUAGUGGCGGAGCUGUUGGAGGAGUACACGGUGUUGGUGGCUAGGGUGCUGGAGCAUAUGUUCAACCAGGCUCCCCUCCCCUUCCAUCCGCGGGUUCGUUUUCUCAUUCUCCGUAAUCUUCCCUUUGCUUCUUCUUCUCCUUCUCUUCCUCCGCCUCCGCCUCCCCCUCCUCCUCGUGCUUCUCGCGACAUCACAUGCCCUCUUCCUCAGUCCUGAUCCAUGCACACUUUUCGUACUAGAAUCCAUCCGUCAACUAAUAAGAUCCUGCAAGCCCAAUGUUAGCCCCCGGCCUCCCUCUUAUUCUGUUUUAGCAAUUUUCAAAUAUUUUUCUUUCUUUUUCGUU